AUUUCGUCGAUAAACAACACCAUUUGGGAGUGACAUUGGUUAAAGAGCUACUGCCUUUCCUGUAGCGGCCACGGAAAAAUAUAGUGAUUCGAUAUGGCCAAGAUUAGAAUAGCAAUCUUCAUAUGCGGUUUGCUGGUUGUGGUAGGAAUUUCUUGUCUGAUUGCAGGUAUUGUACUCUUGCACAAGAAUCCUUCAUGUGGUGAGGGUGAGCCCGCUACAUCUUCUGCUUCAACUUGCAGCUAUUCCGAGGAGGCGCAACGCGUUGGUCUGCCUGAAUUCUUACAAAAAGUUCAAGACACAUUUUAUGAUCUUCACCCGGAAAGAAUAACUUUAAAACCGAAAGUUUCUAGACAAGAAAUCUUGGAGAAAUUCCGUUCUUACAACCCUUCGCCAGCACACCUACAACGCACAACGGACAAGUCAUUCGAACUUCUUGCAGAAAUACAAGGAAAGAAGAUCAUGAAAGAAAAACUGAAGCCUCGAGAACGAAAGGCUUUAGCGCAGGUCAUCCAUUAUCUACAGCAUGUUUUUGGGACGCCUUAUGACGGGAACUACUACAACGGGGAUUAUCUCUUGGGACCCAACAUGUUCUGUUGGCAGCCCAUAUGUAAAGUCAAUAGCAACUGGGUGUCGGCUAUAAAUUCCUUCAAACCCUCUACAGCAGAUGAGGUUCAACUAGUGUUGAAUAUGGUAAAGACCUUGAACCAUACGUACACGCAGUACCGACACAACCUCAUUUAUGGAGGCCAAGCCGGUAUGGUUAGGUCCAUAGAGGACUGUGAAGCUGGUCUUCAAACUUUUUUUAGAAGUUAUUCUAGCAUCAGUGAGCCUAAAGAUAUAUUAAAUCAUCCUAUGGCAGCAUGGUUGCUAAGCGACCAAUUCCUGUCCAACCUCAGUAAGCAAGAAAAGGAUAAAUGGUUUGACAAGAAAAAGAAUACCGUGAAGGAUGACAUCAGGGAUCACGUGUUAAAUUACAUUGGCCAACCUUUACACGAGCUGAUCACAUAUUUGAAAACCACUUACCUCGAGCACUGUGUACCUUGGAGCGUUUCCAGUGGAUUAUCAGGUCUGCCCUUGACUCAUGUGUACAUUAAUGGGUCAAAAACCAACCAACCAACACACCCGUAUUUACCAACUCGUCAACCACUUAAUGGCUCCAAAGCUUAUGAUAAUAUUAUGUCUUAUUUUACUACAAGUGACAUCACACCUAAUGAAGUACAUGAACUGGGAAAAAAGAUGAUCGAAAAGCUUUAUCCACAGGUUCUCGAGUUGGCUAGAAACGAGACACAAACAAGCGAUACUACUGAAGCAAAGAGAAAGUUUUACCUUAAGCUAAACGCUUCAGAUAUGUAUUACCUAGAUCCAAAUGAAAACAUCCCAGAGAUUGAAUCCAAUGCAACUGCUUAUGGAAGAUGCAAAGAUGACAAGAGUGCCGAGAAAUUCUGUCCCGUUCGAUGGAAAACCAUCCAAAAAUGGUUCAAAGAUGCAUACAAAAUCAUGAGUAUGUUGGAUUCCAAGACUGUCGAUAUGUUUUACUUCACUGGAGUAAAACACACCACGCCAAACUGUCCAAUCAAAGUGGUUGCAAACUUCAAUCCCGCAAUGGGUGUGCCUAGCUACCGAGCCAGCACGUCAAACUGUGAUGUUACUGCAUCAUAUUUCAUACCUUUCUUUCUGAGUCGACCAGGACCAAGGUUCACUCAGUGGAGUGUGAAUGCACAUGAAGCAAGACCUGGACACCAUACACAGGUACAGGGUCUUGCCGAACAUUUCCGUGACUCUUGCGGAGGAGUGAUUGGCUGGCUUGGUGCGUUCACGAGAUACACGGCGUUCAUAGAAGGCUGGGGACUAUAUGCUGAGAAUCCUCUUAUCGCUGUAGAUACAGACGUGUACAAAGACCAACCAAUGUACAAGUAUGGCAUGUUAAGGAGUCAGCUAUGGCGCGCGAUUCGUCUUGUGGUGGACACUGGGCUACACUACAAGGGUUUGUCCCGCCAAAAAUCUCUUAAAUACUUUGAAGAUUACGUGUGGGAAACAAGUGACGUGGUCCAGAAGGAAGUCACUCGUUACCAAAGCAAUCCUGGACAAGCUACUGCGUACAUGGUUGGUCAGCUACAUCUUAUGAAAUUACGCGAGCAUGCGCAGAAGGAGUUAGGAAAGGCAUUUGUUCUUAAAGAUUUCCACUAUCAUCUUCUAAAAUACGGCUCUGCUCCUCUCAGCUACAUCUCCGAAAGCAUCGAUGAAUACAUACGAUGCACGAAGAACAAUAAAGAUGUUGGGUGCGAAUAUGUACUGGCUAGGGAGGGGUCAGGGAAGCUUAAAGGAUCUGAUUACGUCACCAAUAUUAAUAGGGAUUUCCUUCCCUAUCAUAUAACAGAGAGUUAUUUUUAAUAAGCUUACUUUUCUUGAAUGAAUGUCGAAUAUGCUCCCUUGUUGUCCUUAGUGUAAUAUUGAAGGAUCAAUAAAAACCAUUCAAGUGACAA